AUGAUAGCGGUUACACCCAGUCAUGACUCCGGCCAUUACUACCUUCCACAUCACGCCGUGUUCAAACCCGAAAGCACCACAACCAAACUGCGCGUGGUCUUCAACGCCUCCAGCCCGUCUUCCAACGGGAAAAGCCUCAACGACACAUUGCAUUCGGGGCCAGUCCUUCAGUCUGACUUGACCAUGCAAAUCCUGAGGUGGCGAGCCUUCCGCUAUGUCUUCAAUGCCGACAUCAGCAAGAUUUACCGCCAGAUCCAAGUGUCUUCCCAACACAAGCCCCAUCAGCGAAUACUCUCUCGCGACCGUAAUGGGGACGUGUGUGACUACGAGCUUGCCACUGUCACCUUUGGAGUCAAUUGCGCACCGUACCUCGCCCUUCGCGACAUUAAUCAACUCGCACAAGAGAAUUACGCAAAGCACUCGACUCCGCAGGGUUUCCACUCCGAAAGUGGACAGCGAACCACAAGGGCAUACUGCGCGACAUUCCGGUCGACCACCUACUUCGCUAAGACAUUGGGGAUCCGAUGUCAAGCCAGUGCUGAUGAAUUCUUCUUUGCUCCUCCCGAAGUACUUCAGCGGGAGUCCUGUACGAAGCGCAAUGUGCUAUCGCAGAUUGCGCAGCUGUUCGAUCCAGCGGGAUGGCUUGCCCCCUUUGUUAUCCAAGCCAAAAUGUUCAUGCAGGAAAUUUGGCCAAGAGAGUUAGGGUGGGAUGACGUCCUCCCUAGCGAUCUAUCUCAAACCUGGGAGACGUUCCUGAAGAGUUUUCCGGCCAUCCAGGAUAUCCGCAUUCCGCGGUGGCUGCACGUUUGUCCAAUGGCCAAGGUGCAGAUACAUGGCUUCUGCGACGCGUCACAACGUGCCUAUGGGGCAGCGAUUUACAUCCGAGUUGAGCGACCGCAUGGCAUUGUCUGUGCCCUUCUCACAGCUAAAACCCGCGUGGCCCCCGUGAAAACGGUUUCCUUGCCUCGACUCGAACUGUGCGGAGCUGUCCUUCUGACAGAGCUUUCCGAGGCCAUCAUUCCUCAACUGCCACUGGACACCAGCCAAGUAUCCUUCUGGACCGAUUCCACGGUUGUGUUGGCCUGGCUGAACAGACCUGCAUGCGAUUGGACCAUUUUCGUGGGCAAUCGAGUAGCCAAAAUCACUCUAUGUUGGCCCAGCGAGCGAUGGAGCCACGUCCGAUCCGAGGACAAUCCAGCCGACCUGGCCAGUCGAGGGCGAGGACCCACUGACCUGGUCGGAAGUGAUAUGUGGUGGCAUAGCCCUGCUUGGUUGCGUGGUCCAAAAUCGGAGUGGCCAUGUCCGCGGGACUCAGUCCUUGAGACUGACCUGGAGAAGCGAGUCGUCAAGGUACACCAUGCCACCAGCAGCGCCUCCGAUAUCCUCAGCCGUUUCUCCGAUCUCGGGGGCGCUCUGCGCGUGAUCGCCUACGUUCGGCGGUUCACCCAGCGAGUUAAAGGGCAGACGACCCAUGUCUCCGAGGAGCUGAACGGAAUGAAGGUCGCUGCCGCUCUCCAAGCGGUCACACUGACAACCCAACGCUUCCAUUAUGCUGGGGAGCAUCGGUGCCUGCUAAACAAGCAGCCACUCCCUACUACGAGUUCUCUUCAGAAUCUUUAUCCGUUCCUUGACCAGAACGGAGUCAUGCGGGCAUGUGGCCGAGUCCAAGCCUCGGCGUCCAUGUCCUACAACGAACGGCAUCCAAUCCUGUUGCCACCCGCAUGUCUCCUGGUUCGCCUGCUGGUUCGAUUCACCCAUCAUAUAUCGCUACAUGGUGGGAACCAGCUGGUCAUCCGCCUUAUCCGGGCAACAUACUGGAUCCAUCCGACAAGCGACCUCGAGGUUGGAGAUUUGGUGGUGAUCAAGGAGGAGAACAUCCCCGCUCAGGAAUGGCGUCUCGACCGUGUACAGAACGCGUAUCCUGGAGCCGAUGAUAAGGUCCGUGUGGUAGACCUUCUCACGGUUCGCGGCCUUAUCAAGAGACCGAUCACGAAGGUGGUUCUGCUGCCUAUGGAAUCGGAGGUCCUUUCCACCUACUUUCGCGUAGGCUCCGAUUCAUAA